UAUCAAGAUGAUAUUACAAACAAACGCAACAUGUCUUUGUGAUGCACCGGCAGUUGCAACCCGCCCGCGGAUCGCCACGUGGAGUACGAGGGCUACGACGGAUGGUACAACAACCUCGCCAAGCCCAGCCAGGGCGCUGUGGACACUCCGCUCCUGCGCCUCCUGCCCCCCGCCUACGAGGACGGCGUGUACCAGCCCGUGAGGAGGAAAGCGAACCCUCUUGAGGUGAGCGAGAAGCUGAUGCGCGGCCAGAACGGCAAGAUGUCUAAAGGCGGCCGGACAGCCUUCCUUCUGUAUUUUGGUCAGCAGGUUGUUGAAGAGAUACUUGAUGCGCAAGGCCCAGGAUGUCCGCCCGAGUACUUUAACAUCGACAUAAAGAGUGACCAUGACUUUGCGAGGAGCCCUAGACUCAAAGUUAUGCCACUUCUACGCACUCGCUACGACAUGACCACAGGAUUUUCUCCCAACAACCCUAGGCAGCAGUUGAAUGAGAUCACACCAUACUUGGAUGGCGGCCUAGUGUACGGAACCAGCAAGGGCUGGGCGGAUGCGCUCAGAAGUUUCUCAAACGGCUCGUUGGCUCCAGAUGGCCUCCUAGCCUGGCAUGAUGAGUUAGGCGAAGGGUUCCCUGCUGAGAACACUCAGCGCCUCCCCAUGGCCAACCCACCUCCGCCCACCAACCACUCCAGCUACGUCAGGCAGCAGGAGACGGCGAAGGUGGACCGUUUCUUCAAACUUGGAAAUCCUCGCGGCAAUGAAAACCCCUUCCUGCUGACCUUCGGCAUCGUGUGGUUCCGAUGGCACAACCACGUCGCCAAGUACCUGAGGAGUGUCCAUCGUGGAUGGUCAGGUGAGAGAGUAUUCAAUGAAGCUCGCAAGUGGGUGAUCGCAACAUACCAGGCAGUGGUGUUCUAUGACUGGUUACCUAGGUACAUGCACACGUCCCUACCCAAGUAUCAAGCUUACCGGCCCACUGUAGACCCCCAAGUGAGCCACAUCUUCCAAUCUGCUGCAAUGAGGUUUGGCCAUACAUUGGUAACCUCUGGAGUGUACCUGCGGACUAGGAACGAACAAGGCUGUAUUUCAUUACCCUAUGAGCUAACUGCACCUGAGGGCUCCUCGCAGCGCCGCGUUGUGGGCGUCAGAACAUGUAACUCUUUCUGGAGAUCACCGGAACUCUUCACCCGCGAUCCGGCCCACUUUGAGCGACUCCUGAUGGGCCUCAGCAGCCAGAGCACUGAGCAAGAGGACAAUGUAAUCGUCGAUGAUUUGCGGGGCCGGGUGUUUGGCCCUCUGGAGUUUUCACGUCGAGACCUGAUGGCAAUCAACAUCCAGCGCGGUCGCGACCACGGCCUUCCCGACUACAACACUGCCAGGAGGCAUUUUGGGCUCGCCACGCUCGACUCCCUCGACACAGAGGAAUACAAACGAAAGACGGGCACUCACGUCGAAGACCAGGUUCUUUCGUCACUGCGGUCCCUGUACGACAACGAUCCUUCCAAAGUCGACAUCUGGCCUGGAGGACUUUUGGAGACGCGGAAUGGACCGGGACAACUCUUCUCCAAAGUGAUCCUAGACCAAUUCGAGAGGAUACGAGAUGCUGACAGAUUCUGGUUUGAGAACAACAACAACGAGUUAGUACAAUCUCUUACGCUAUUUUCAUCAUUCACUCUGCUUUUCUUUAAAUUAGAUGCCUACCUCAAACCAAACCUGUCUAUGUAUCCGAGCUUGGGACCGGCACCCACAAAGGCUAGCUUACCCCCCAGGUGGCUUUUACAAUAG